AUGUCCAUACAUUCGCGACACUUUCAGACUGAGCACAACUUCCAAGUCCAAGACACGAUGACCGACAAAAUGAACGUCAACAUGUUCAAAGCAGAGGAUCCCAACUGUCAACCGUCUGCCUCGCCGGAACCCCCCUACGAUCCCCUCCCACCCAUUGAAGAUCUCCCCCUCCCAUCAAGUUUCAAAUGGGGAACAGCAACAGCAGCCUACCAAAUCGAAGGCGCUCCCUCGGUAGACGGAAAGGGCCCGUCAAUCUGGGACACCUUCACCCAUCUCGUUCCAUCGCGGACAAAUGGUGAGAACGGUGACAUAGCCUGCGACCACUAUAACCGCAUGCUCGAGGACGUAAACCUCAUGUGCUCAUACGGCGUCGAUGUGUAUCGAUUCUCCAUCGCCUGGACACGAAUCAUACCCCUCGGUGGACGUGAUGAUCCUAUUAACGAGGCAGGCAUAGCCUUCUACAACCGACUCAUCGACGCUCUUUUAGCACGCAACAUCGAACCGGUGGUAACGCUCUAUCACUGGGAUGCUCCGCAGAGACUCAGCGACCGAUACGGCGCCUUCUUAAACACAGCCGAAUUCGUGUCUGAUUUCGCACACUUUGCGCGCCUUUGUUUCGCCCGGUUCGGGGAUAGGGUCAAGAGAUGGAUUACGUUUAACGAGCCUUAUAUCAUCGCGAUCUUUGGACAUCAUAGUGGUGUUCUUGCGCCGGGACGGAGCACUGCCACUGGGGGUGAUUCCCGUACGGAGCCGUGGAGAGUCGGGCAUAGCCUGAUCCUCGCUCAUGCCGCUGCUGUACAGAUCUACUCUGAGGAGUUUCAGUCGCAGGAUGGGAGCAUCUCAAUCGUGCUGAAUGGGCACUAUUACGAGCCCUGGGACUCGUCUAGCCAGAACGAUCAGGAGGCCGCGCAGCGCCGCCUCGAGUUUUACAUUGGGUGGUUUGGUGACCCCAUCUUCCUAGGGCGGGAUUAUCCACCGGCCAUGCGAAAGCAAUUGGGCGAUCGAUUGCCGUCCUUUACUCCCAGGGAGCUGGACCAGCUAAAGAAUCUCGCCCCGCUCAACGCCUUCUACGGAAUGAACCACUACUCCACCAAAUUCGCCAGGGCUCUCCCCGACCCCCCGGCGGACGACGACUGCACAGGAAACGUGGAAGAACUCACCACAAACUCGAAAGGCAGAGCCAUUGGCCCCGUCUCAGGGAUGUCCUGGCUGCGGGUUGCGCCUGAGGGGUUCAGGAAACUCUUGAACUGGGUGUGGAAUCGGUACAAGCUGCCUAUCAUUGUUACAGAGAAUGGAUGUCCCUGUCCGAGGGAGAACCAGAUGUCCUUGGAGGAGGCAGUGAAUGAUGAGUUCCGGAUCACAUAUUUUGGACUGUAUCUCGAUGCGAUUUCGCGAGCCAUCUAUGAGGAUGGGGUCCCGGUUGAGGGGUACUAUGCGUGGAGUUUGAUGGAUAACUUUGAAUGGUCUGCCGGCUAUGGCCCUCGCUAUGGCAUCACGCAUGUGGAUUAUAAGACCUUAGUGCGGACUCCCAAGCGCUCUGCAUUGUAUUUGAUGGAAACAUUCCGGGAACGUAGAAAACAUGCGCGAUAG